CAGACCCCAGGCAUGGAAUAGCGGGUGGUUUUUGUCGCGGCAGAUUUUAUGGAAUGUCAAGACAGUGACUGCUUGGUGGUGAGAUUACUGAACCAUGGACCUUCAGGAUCUCCCUGCUGCUGACACACCUCUCACUGUCAAUGAACAGGUGAUAGUGAUGUCUGGUCAUGAGACGAUCCGUGUCCUGGAAGUGGAGGUAGAUCAAGCCUCUCUUCCAUCCUCAAUGCCUGAUGGGAGGACUGAUUCGGGGGGUGAGGAUGUGAGUAAUCAGGCUAAGCAACCUGAGGCAGGAACACAGGACAGCCCGCCAGCACCCCACAACACUGGGGGAGUAGUGCUGGGGGACCAGGUGGUGGCUGUCGAUUCUGCAGCCUCUGCUGUCCAGACUCUUGCUCAGACUGCAGUUCCCAUCAGUGUCUCCCUGUCGCAGCCACAGGCCACCAUGCCCAUCACUGUGCAGAGCUUGCAGGGCUGUCAACAGGUCCUGACACAGGAUGGUCUGGCCACUCUGAUGACAGGGAUGAUGGCCCAGACAGGCUCCCUGGGCCAGCCCCUGCUCAUCCCCCUCAGCAUGGCAGGGUCCAUGGGGGGCCAAGGCCUGGCUGUCCUCACCUUCCCCACCAGCAACGUAGCCACACUCCCUGGCCUUUCAGCUGCCAGCCAGUCCGGAGGCCUCCUCAAACUACCCUUUGCCGGCUUGCAAGGCUUACAAGGCUUGCAAACAGCCACUGUGCUAAACCCUGUCCAGACCCAGCAGGCGGUUUUCCAGUCUCAGACAGCAUCACUACAGCAGGUCCAGGCAGCUAUGCAGCAGGCUCAGCAGAACACGCAGGUGGCUGCAGCACAACUGACCCAGGCCAUGCCGUCCGUCUCUCAGCCCAGUGUGUCUGUGUCAACACUCCAGUCUGCAGGCCUCUCCAUCAACCCUGCCAUUAUCAGUGCUGCGUCUCUAGGGGCUCAGCCUCAGUUCAUCAGCUCCCUCACUUCCACUCCCAUCAUCACCAGUGCCAUGUCUGGAAUCACCAGCCAGAUCAUCACCAACGCACAGGGACAGGUGAUUGGAACCAUCCCCCUGAUGCUGAACCCUGCCUCACUGACAGGAGGGGCUGCUACUCAGGCUCUGAAUCUCCAGGGCUUUCAAGGCCUGCAGGUCCAGACAGUCCAGCCACAGCUGGUUCUGAACAACCAGGGCCAGAUCAUUGCUACCAUAGGAAAUGGACCUGCUGCAGUCCCCACUUCUGCUGCUGUUAUUCCCAAGCAUAAUGUUCCUGUGCCAUUCUCGAAGCCCAGCACCCAGGCUCAGGUAACAACUGUUACGCAAUCACCUGUGGUCAUCGCCCCACAACCAUUUGCAAUGAAGACAGUCACUCCAAUCUCCUCCUCAGUCCCGAUCACCUGUGGAGACACACCCACCGUGGGUCAGCUCGUCAGCAAGCCACAGCAAGGGUGCACAGAUGAAGAGGGCAUUAAUCUGGAAGAGAUUCGAGAGUUUGCCAAGAACUUCAAGAUCCGCCGGCUGUCCCUGGGGCUGACGCAGACACAAGUGGGACAGGCCCUCACGGCUACAGAGGGCCCGGCCUACAGCCAGUCUGCCAUCUGCAGGUUUGAGAAGCUGGACAUUACACCCAAGAGUGCUCAGAAACUGAAGCCCGUGCUGGAGCGGUGGCUGGCCGAAGCAGAACUAUGGAACCAAAAGGGUCAGCAGAAUUUGAUGGAAUUUGUGGGUGGUGAGCCGUCCAAGAAACGCAAGCGUCGCACCAGCUUCACCCCGCAGGCCAUCGAAGUGCUCAACACCUACUUUGAGAAGAAUGCCCUGCCAACGGGCCAGGAGAUUACGGAAAUCGCUAAGGAGCUCAACUACGACCGUGAGGUUGUCCGUGUAUGGUUCUGCAACAGGCGGCAGACACUGAAAAACACCAGCAAGAUCAAUGUGUUUCAAGUUCAGCCUUAAGCCUGUGCAGUAAGCGGCCGUUGACUAGUAGGAAACUUGGAAGGACAGCAUAAUCAGCUCAAGAAAAACGUUUUGUAAAGACCGUAACACAGUCAACCUUAGUAAGUAAAAAAUUAUAUGGACUUUGGGAAGGAAAAGGACACUGAAUGACACUUGAACUGAGUCUUACUAUAUGGACAUCGAAAAUUCAGUUAUCUCCUUUUGUUUUGAUGUGUGGGGGAGUGAAAGAAAGACAUUGCAUGUGAAACGUGAUUGGGUUAAUGUUCACAGACCCUCUAUUGUCAGUUUGACAACCUCUUGUUUCAUUUAUUGAUAUAUCAUGCCAUUUGUAAAGCAAUGGCUAGAAUUUUGAUACACCUGGUUUUAUACACUUACCAUACAGUUUUGUAAGUGGCUGUCUAUGAAUUUUAUAGCAAUGGCCUCGAAAGAUAUUGGCUUACAGUUGUACAACAUCCAAUCAAGCUGUUCUGAUAUUAUGCGGGUGCCACCAAAAAUAUAGGUUUGGAACUGGUACGUACAAUAUUUGUGCGUCUAACUUUCUCACUCAUCAUUAUUCACGAUUCAUUCAGGAUUAUCCGUAAU